GGCUCCGGCGGCCUCCUGCCUUGUGAGGGACGGGAGCCGGGACUGGGGCUGCUGAGGAGGAAGCUCCGCGUGCCCGCUUCUCGCAGGCCGGCGCCCCCGGGCAGCGCCCCCUCAACCCGUCAGGAGCUGCGCGGGCUCGGGGGCGCUGGCGGUGCCUCCUGCGCCGGGUGCUUGCUGCUCUCAUCCGCCCUCAGCAGCCCGUCCCCUCGGCAGUACCCCUCAGGACUAGGAAGGGGUUUAAUCUGAGCCUUGCCCUCAUGGGGCUGAGGACGAGGAAGGUUUUUAUGACUAUCAGGGCUACGAGCACCACACGGCAGUGCGGGACCCAGCGGGGCCUGCUGCCACCCCGUGUGGUCCAGCCAAAGCUCGUUACCACUGGGGAAUCCACUUUUCUUCUCCAAGUUUGUGCUCUAGCUGCUUCUAGAGGUCAUCACCCAGCCCUGGGAGAGCUGCGAGUAACGCCAUGCUGCGCCUCGCUGCUUUAAACAGCCUCUUCUCUUGGCUCGUCUGUAUUAACGCGGUUGCAACCACGAGGCAUUUCUGCAGCUGAUUGCCUUCUGAAGAAGAGAUUCGUACAAUUUGGAAGAUGAAGUUUGUUUUGGGAAUUCAACCUAAUGCACUGGCAUACUCCAUGACUACAUUAGGUGCAGGAAUGAUGAACAGUAUCUUUAAUUUCUACUACGUUAAGCUUUUCCUAAACCAAUACAAAAUUUCAGAAGUAGCGUUUCAUCAAGCACAGGUUGUGUUCAUGAUAUGGAAUGCCAUUAAUGAUCCUCUUUUCGGAUAUAUCCAAGAUAACUCCAAACUCGCAUGCUGCUCAAGACGCCAGUUCUCAAUUUUAUAUGGAGCUCCUUUAUACGCAUUAGCCUUUUUGCUUCCUUGGUUUCCUUGGAAACAUUAUGAAGAAGGUGACUGGCUAAGUGGUCUUCACCUUAUUGUUGCAUUAUGUGCUUUUGACGGUUUGCUUACUUUUGUGCUUCUUGCGCAGUGUGCGCUCUUUGCAGAAAUUUCAACAAGACAUGAAAGUAGGCUUCAGCUUAUUAAAUACAACCAAGUAGCAACGUUAAUCGGAUCUACGAGCAUUCUCUUUUGUGGUCUAAUAUCAGAUAAUAUGGAAAAUUUUGCCAAUUUUCAGGCUUUUGCUGUUUUGGUUGCAGCAUUAGCAACAGCUUGUAUGUGUUACACAGGCAAGUAUAGUACUAGUCAGUAUGAACAGCGAGAAGUGCUUACAGAGAAUGCUAAUCUAGAAAAUGGUGAUAGAGUUCUCUCCUGGUCCUCUGUAAUUUCAUUGACCAAACAGAUUAUGACAGAGAAAAACUUUUUAUUUUUUGUAACUAUGAACUUCUUCCAAGUCUUUCACCUAGCAUUCUGCAACAAUUUUAUGAUGAUCUUUGCGGAUAAUCUCAUUCCUAAGGAUGUCCUUUCUUCCUCAAUAAGAAGUAUCAUGUAUGGAGCUGGCUUUAUUUGUCCUCAGUGCCUUGUUCUUCUCAGUCACGCUUCAUUGAAGAAGUUUGGUUAUUACAGAAUCAUCUUGUUUUCCUUUUACUUUGAAGGAGUAGCUGCUGCUGUCAUGUUUUUUCUAGGACCAGAACAUUAUUAUCUUUUGGCAUUUUAUCUCACAACAAACAUGGUAAUUGUACAAGCUUCAUUUAGUUUGUUCAAUUUGCCCUUGGCAGAUAUUGUUGAUGCAGAUUUAAUAAAGCACAAGCGGAGAUCACCACUUUCCUCUAUGGUUUUUGGUACCAAUGCUUUAUUUACCAAGCCUGCCCAAUCUUUGGCUCCAAUGCUUGUGGUUACCAUACUAAAUCAAUUUGGAUAUGAGAACUUGAAUAAUGAAGUUGCUCAGCCUGAUCCAAGUUUGUUUUUAGGUCUUCACGAUGCCAUGUUCUAUUUGAUCUGUCUGGUUCCGCUUUGCAUUGCAGUCGUGCAGAUCCUGACGUGGACUCGCUUUUCAAUCCAGAAUAGUCAUUUAACAGCUGUACGUUAAAUAUGUAACAGGUGGUCAUUAAAACUUCUGCUGAACUGGACUUGGUAUGUUUUAAAUGUGAAAAAGCAAAAUUGCUUUAAAUAGACUGUUAGACCAAAUAAUGUUUGAGCCAUUUCAAUACACUAUGUUCUUCAGUGUAGUAGAACAUAACACAGAUCACAUUCAGCCUUAAUGUUGAUUCCCUGUACAGAGGAUUUUUUGAGUUCAGCUAUUUGAAUGUGAUGUGUUUUAUCCAUAAUUACCUACUAAAGUAAUUUCUGGUAUAUACUGGUCACUGUUUAUCUCCUUUGAAGACUGGAUAGGGCAGAUCAGGUAAAGGAAUCCCUGGAAUUCAACGAUAGUGUAUGGUCUUAAGUUUACUGAAAGAUGGUGGAUUAAUUCUGCCAUAUCUGAUAAAAUAUCACAUCUCUGGGGAUAGUCCAGAAAAGCCCAGAUAGACAUCCCUCAGGGAUGGCAGGGAGAUGAAGAGAAAAAUGUAGAUGGUGUCUACCAGACCAUUAACAAGACAAAUCUGCCAGCUGCUACAGGAAGCACCAAGAAUAAUUAACUACUCUGUAAAAGUCUAUGCAGGACUAAAUAAGAAGAUUAAAAUGGUGUUCAAUGAAGUGUUGCAGGUUAUGGGAAAAGCUCCAUACUUCCUCUUUCCAAGUAUCUCUAGUUGGUGGUAGGUAGAUGCUGCUUUCUGGCUUUUUGAAUGGGAAAAUUGUUUUGAGGUACUGUAUUGUUAGUAGUUGAUACAAAAUGUCAUUUCAUUCUCCUAAGAAAGACAUCAGCAUAUGGUUGUAGUAGUGUUGAACUAGUUGGACAAAUGUAAACACACAUAUUAAAUCAAACUGCUUGGUAAUUUUAGAUUGGCAAAUUAAUUCGCUGUGCUCACAGUUGAAAUUUCUGAUUAAUCCUUACAAAAAUCUUUUCAGCUUUUAAAUGGAUCCUGUGAUUUUUAUAAAAUAAAGUUUUUGAUACAAUUUCAGAAA